AUGGUUUCAUAUGGUGCAACAAUACUUGAUAUCGUUGUAUAUGAUGCACCAGUGCUUGAUAUCGUUUCAUGUAAUGCAAGAGUACUUGAUAUCGUUGUAGUGGGUGCACCAGUGCUUGAUAUCGUUUCAUGUAAUGCAAGAGUACUUGAUAUCGUUGUAUAUGAUGCACCAGUGCUUGAUAUCGUUUCAUGUAAUGCAAGAGUACUUGAUAUCGUUGUAUAUGAUGCACCAGUGCUUGAUAUCGUUUCAUGUAAUGCAAGAGUACUUGAUAUCGUUGUAUAUGAUGCACCAGUGUUUGACAUAGUUUCAUGUAAUGCAACAGUACUUGAUAUCGUUGUAGUGAGUGCACCAGGGCUUGAUAUUGUUUCAUGUAAUGCAACAGUACUUGAUAUUGUUGUAGUGGGUGCACCAGGGCUUGAUAUAGUUCAUGUGGUGCAACAGUACUUGAUAUCGUUGUAGUGGGUGCACCAGUGCUUGAUAUCGUUUGUAGUGAGUGCACCAGUGCUUGAUAUCGUUGUAGUGAGUGCACCAGUGCUUGAUAUCGUUGUAGUGAGUGCACCAGUGCUUGAUAUCGUUGUAGUGAGUGCACCAGUGCUUGAUAUCGUUGUAGUGAGUGCACCAGUGCUUGAUAUCGUUGUAGUGAGUGUACCAGAAUUUGAUAUCGUUGUAGUGGGUGCACCAGUGCUUGAUAUCGUUGUAGUGAGUGCACCAGUGCUUGAUAUCGUUGUAGUGGGUGCACCAGUGCUUGAUAUCGUUGUAGUGAGUGUACCAGUGCUUGAUAUCGUUGUAGUGAGUGCACCAGUGCUUGAUAUCGUUGUAGUGAGUGCACCAGUGCUUGAUAUCGUUGUAGUGGGUGUACCAGAGUUUGAUAUCGUUGUAGUGGGUGCACCAGUGCUUGAUAUCGUUGUAGUGGGUGCACCAGAAUUUGAUAUCGUUGUAGUGGGUGCACCAGUGCUUGAUAUCGUUGUAGUGGGUGCACCAGAAUUUGAUAUCGUUGUAGUGGGUGCAGUAGGACCCAUGAUUGCAGUGCUGUCUUCCAGAAGUAGUACAAUCAUUAUGACCACAACCACUACACGUUUUGUUGCCGCCAUUUUUUUUGGUGAUGAUGGACGAUGGUAG